AUGGAAAAAGAAAUGGAAUCCCUGAAAACUAACCAAGAAUGGAACCUAGUUGAACUGCCCGAGAAUCGUAAAGCCGUUGGCAGCAAGUGAGUAUUUCGAGUUAAAACAGAUGCGGACGGAACAGUUGAAACACACAAGACCCGGCUCGUAGCUCAAGGUUUCAGUCAAACAUUUGGUGACGACUAUGAUGAAACAUUUUCACCUGUAGCUAGGCUUGAAUCAGUUCGAACAGUUAUUGCGUUAGCUGCACAGCAUGGUUUAAAGCUUCAUCAAAUGGACGUCACAACAGCAUUUCUGAAUGGAGAUCUCAAAGAAGAAGUCUACAUGAAACAACCGGAAGGUUUCAUUGAGAAGGGAAAAGAACACCUGGUCUGCAGGUUACGUCGAAGUAUAUAUGGCCUUAAACAGUCUCCACGUUGUUGGAAUUCUGUUCUCGACAGAAAAUUGAAGAAUAUGGGUUUUGUACAAAUCACCGGUGAUCCAUGUAUCUAUGUAAAGGAAGAAGGUGGAGAGAUAUUCAUUAUUGCUGUGUAUGUUGAUGAUAUUCUCCUGGCCGGAAAGAAUGAUCAGAAAAUCAUUGAAGUGAAGCAAGCACUCGCUGAGCAAUUUCAAAUGAAAGAUAUGGGUCAACUACACUACUUCCUGGGUGUGAAAGUUAUCCAGAAACCAGAUUCAAAAGAAAUUUGGAUUGGCCAAGAAGCGCACACGAAGAGUGUGUUGGAAAGAUUUGGCAUGGAAAGUUCGAAACCUGGGACAAAACUGAAUAAGGCAGCAGACGACAGUCAACGAGUGGGCCAAGUUAACCUACCAGUGUGCCGUUCACGAAAACAAGACCAGACAUCGCAUAUGCCGUGA